AUGAGUAAUCACCUUAACAACCAGAUACAACGGCAAAUCCAACAAGCUGCAACUCCAAUAGUCAACACCCCCACGAAUAGCAUCAAAAUCCUUCAAAUCAAUCUUCAAAAAUCCAAAACUGCAACAGAUAACCCCAUCCAAUUCUUAACUGAAAAUCACCACGAUGCAGUUCUCGUCCAAGAACCGUAUUGCCACCAAGGAAACCCAAGAAAUCUACCAACUACAUGGAAUGUCUUUAACCAGCUCAACGCAGAUCCAAACAACAACCCAAGAGCAGCCAUAUUCGUGAUUAACAGGUCUUGGUCUCCCAUUAUACAGACUGCCAAGCGAGAUGUAGUCACCAUACAAAUCACUACGCAAGACUCACAACUCUUCCUGACAAGUGCUUAUGCCUCUCCAACAGAAGAAUUAGAAAAUACACUUCAUGACCUAAACAUCAAUUUUUAUAACACACAAGCACCACAUAUCAUUGGCGGAGAUUUUAACGCCCAAAAUCAACUAUGGGGAUAUAACCACACCUCUCCAAGAGGAAGCUCCAUGGAGGAUUUCAUUCAAGCCAAUAACCUGAUCCUGCACAAUACACCAGAAGACAACCCCACAUUCGAAACCAUCAACAGCAAGAGAUGGCCAGACCUAACACUCUCGACGCAUCACCUAAUAGACAAGAUUCAGAACAGACAAAUUUUAGAAGAUCACACUAACUCUGAUCACAACUACAUCUCCUAUGAAAUCAUCCAAGCAAUAGACCACGUCCAUACCCACAGAUUCAACAUCAACCAAGGUGCAGCAGGAAAUUUAAAAGAGCCAUUAAACUUAAAGCGACCUCCCUAA